UCUUUUCUGUGUGUGUGGGUGGUGUCAUAACUUUCCAGCUGCUUUCAAGAUGCGGUUACAGUUUUGGUUUGUGGGGUUCACAACUUGGUCAUGGUCACUUGUAGCAUACUAGCAUUUUCCCUGUUUCAUAUUUCCUAUACUCUUGUUCGAUUAUGUGGUUCGUGUCGAGAAUAUUACAUCCCUGCUAAGGGAGUUUGUACUUCUACGGUUCUUGUGGUGUUAUUUGGCUUUCUAUAUGACUUCCUGCAUUUUCCAUUUGUAGCGAAAGUCUGGAAGUCCUGUUGGCAUAUUGAAUUAGAAACAAUUUGCCGCGGUCGUGAGUCAUGUAAAAUGGAUAAUAGCCUCCAACCCGAACAUGUAUCUACUCUCAUUCAUAUGAUGCAUUCGUAACAUGCCCAGUUGGAUCCAUAAUGUGAAAAUAUACAGUCAGUAAGAAAGCAGGUGGACUUCCCUGGAAAGUACAAAUUGCUACCCGUCUUGAAGGACUCACCACCAUGGGUGGAGAAAAAGAGCAGCCAAG